UACGCAUUACACUCCAAAAUCAAAACCCUCGUUCUCUCUCUCUCUCUCUGAAUCUUUCUUGGUCUGCAAGUAUGAUUGAGGUGGUGGACGAAAACGGCGUGCCUCUCUGGAUGCGAAACCGCAACCGCAACCGCGUGGCCUUGGUCAACGUGGUCGACCACUGUCUCCCCUACGAAACCCACAACCUCUACGACGUCACUUUCCACACCCACACCAUCCGCACUCUCCUCACCUCCUCCCCCUCCCACGUCGACUCAUGGCUCUCCGACAACGCAACCAACCGCCGCGGACUCAUGGUGGGCCUGGACAUGGAGUGGCGGCCCAACACGCAGCCCAACAUGCACAACCCCGUGGCCACCCUCCAACUCUGCAUCGCCAACCGCUGCCUUGUUUUCCAAAUCCUCCACUCUCCCUCCAUCCCGCGCUCCCUCGAUUCCUUCCUCGCCGACCCCGCUGUCACUUUCUUCGGAGUUGGGAUCCGUGCGGACGCCGAAAAGCUUCUCCAGGACUACAAUCUCCACGUGGCCAAUGUGCGUGACCUUCGCCCCCUCGCAGCGGGGAGGCUCGGUGACCGUGCCUUGAAUCAGGCUGGGCUUAAGGCAUUGGGCCUCCGCGUGCUGGGCUUGGAGGUUCAGAAGCCCACGCGGAUCACCAUGAGUAGGUGGGAUCAUCGCUGGCUCUCUGCCGAGCAGGUUCAGUAUGCGGCCGUGGAUGCUUUUCUCUCCUAUCAGAUUGCAUGCCUGUUGAGUGUUGGUGCCGUUUGGUAGCUUCUCGUUUCUCACUGUCUUACCCUUCCAAUCAUGCGUUUCGUUUCUUUCUAGGGUUUUUUGAAUUUCUCAUUUCUGCCUGUUACCAUCUCAAUGCUUAUUUUCACCUUUUACUCAUCACCAUGAUCAUAUUAUUCCACGCUUUUAUGCAUUCUUGUGCUUGUUACUUACUGUUAUUCCAUAUUUGUGUGUCUGAUUUGCUGUGAGUGUUUACUUACUGUUAUCGCAUAUUUGUGCUGAAUUAUUGACGAUUAGGAAUGAUGGGAAUGGAAUUUUAGGUUUUUUACUUUAAUGAUAAAUAAAUCUUGUGAUAGUGU